UGUAUAAAACGUGUUUCAGCUCAUCCGGCUUUGGAAAGUUGUGAAAUAACGGCGCUAAUCUGGCCCGUAUAGGCCACGAUUAAUACAAAUUCCUUGUGUUUCCGUUUGGGAUGCCAUUUUAGUUCAACGUUUUGCAGGACAACCACAAAGGUACUGCGAUUUUCCGGAUCGAACGAACUGCGCAGUGCGGGGUGGUGUGAGUGUGUAGCCUUGAACGAGAAGAAGAAGUUCCUCUUUCCUUCUCGUGAUCCAACACCGGAACGAACCGCCAUGCAAGCAUGUCUGCGACUUCCGAAAAACCGCGGUUAUCAUCCAUCCUCAAAUCACCCAGCCCACAGCAGGAUGGGAAAAGUGCGACUCGCAACAAGGUCCGGUUCGUCGCGCUGUCCAUCGAGUCGGCCCUGCAAGACGUAGUGGAUAACAACCGGUUAGCCACCUACGAUGAGCUGCUGCAGAAGCUGAAGGAAGAAGAAAUCGAUGACGUGCAAUUUAUGGAGCUGUUUAUCGAUGCCAAACGAAGCGUACCGCUUAUGAAGACGUACUUCACCUUACUGGUCGAUCAACUGCUUUCGAUGCGCUGGCUAGACCGAUCCGGUGAGUGCGUAGAGGCGUACAAGAACUUCGUGAUCGAGCUGUCGAUCGUGCACAAGAACUUUUGCCCGAUGACAAUCACGAAGCUGGUGAAGCUGUUCAUCCCUACACCGGCCGCCCGAAACCAGUGGAAUGUCGGGGUGCCGGAGGACGGGCAACGGUUGCAGCUCGCCGCCGUGCACGAUCUUAUCAUGAGACUGACCAAUGUGAUUCCGAUGAUCUUCGAUGUGGUGCUAACGCAGCUGCGGAAAAACUUUCCCUACCAUAAGAAACCAACCUACGAGGUGACCGGCUACCUGUACAACGUGCUGCAGGUGACGGAGUACGCUUCGAUCUACUGUGAUGAGCUGCUUGAUAUCGUGUUUCAUCAACUGCUGCAGCUGGAUGUCAAUGUGCCACGCAGCGACAUUGAAGCGACCGAGUACCCGGAUGAGGACAUGAUAUUCGAUAUGGCUAUCAAUGGGGAAGAGGAAGGCAAGGACGAGGGAGAGCGUACCUCGAUGAAACAUCCGCUGGCGGAAACGCUCGACUGUUUCAUGCACAUCAUGUUCAACUUCAUCGAGCGUUCAAUCAAAGACGAAGGUGGCCAGGCUGAUCGGUUGUUCAAGAUCAUGUUCAAACAGUUCGAAACACACGUCCUGCCUACGCACAACACGGACCAUGUGCAGUUUCUGCUGUUCUACUUCUGCAGCUUUAAGCUAUCGUAUGCGGAACACUUUAUCAGCUCGUUGUGGAAGAACGUUAGCAAUCCCAACAUUUCACCAACGGUGCGGCAGGCAUCGGUCGGCUAUAUCGCUAGUAUGCUGGCUAGAGCAAAGUUUGUUCCUUUAAGCUUUCUGAAGACGAUGCUGCAAGAGUUGUCCCAGUGGGUGCAUGGCUACAUACAGCGCAGCGACUCAAUGCACCACAAUCAAACGCUGAAAGCACAUCUGGUAUUUUACUCCGUUUGUCAGGCCAUCUUUUACGUGGUUGCGUUCCGUAGUAAACACCUGACGGCGAACGCGAAAAAUCUGUCGUUCCUGCAAUCCUUGCAACUGUCCUCGAUCGUGACAUGUCACCUAAACCCACUGCGCGUGUGCCUACCGACGGUGGCAACCGCAUUUGCAGGCGUAACGCGGUCCUACCAGCUGGCGUACUGUCACACGAUACUGGAACGCAAUGCACGCCGUAAAUUGGCCACGGUAUACUCGAACAGCAGCGCCCAAACACCGGAAGACUGUCUCGAUACUUUCUUCCCCUUCGAUCCGUACAUGCUGAUUAAGUCGGGUCAGCGCAUUGAACCGCUGUAUCUGCAGUAUCAGGUACACGAGGUCGAUGAGGAACAUGGCAUUGCGGGUGGGGAGUACGUAGCUACCACCCACGGUAGCGGGUCCAACAUAGUGAGUGGGCGCAAGCGCUACGAUUCGAACACGGACGAUAUCGAUGACUUUAUCCCCGAGAGUAAGCGCCGUAAACAUACUGCCGCUAGUCAUGGGAUGGAUAUGAAUGGCGAAUUUACCUACUCUUACGGCGUUUCACCUGGAUUCCACAGUUAGGAUGGCUCGUCAAAAGGCUAAUAAGAUUGGCCAUCAUCUCUCCACUCUCGUCCGUACCGAGGCGUAUUCGUGGAUCGUACGUUUUACGCUAUAAAGUACGGUAUGAAAUACAGAAAGUUUUCUUCAAAUCAA